GCCCACAGCAUCCCCGAGCCAGGCAAGCACACCGCCAGCGCUCCUCUCGCGGGCGCCCAGGGCGUCGUGGCUCCGUCGGACCAGGCCGCCGCGCUCCGCACCGCCUCCUGCUCCAGCACCUCCGCGCCCGCCGCGCAGCCCUCCAGGGCAGCCGGCCCCGAGGCCAGCCCGCCGGCAGCCCGGCAGCCGAAGGCGGCCUUCGACUUCGACGACUUCGACAGCUUCUUCGCGGACGCCUGUGCGCCCGCGGCGCCCGCGGCGCCGGAGCCCGCGGCGCGCUCCCAGAGCGCCCACCAGGUCGGCGGCGCCGCGGCGGCGCCUGCCGCCCCGGAGCCCCGCGAGCUGGAGCGCGGGCGGAGCGCCCCCGCCGCUCCCGCGCCGAGGCAGCCCGCGGCUCCGCCCGCGCCGCAGGGCGCAGAGGAGCGGGAGGUGAUUGCCAUCAAGAACAUGAGCCUCAAGGCCGAGGCCCCGAAGCCGCGGCCGAAAGCCCAGGAGCCACCCGUCGGCGACGACUUCUUCGCCAGCUUCGGGCUGGGGUCCUGA